GACUUAAGCCUGCUUUAUAAUAAAAAAAAACAUGAAAAUCUCACUUUUUUUAUAAUAUUGGACCUUUAAGUAAAGUAGGCGACAAGUACAUCAACAUUGUGCUUUAGUACAGUACUUGAUGUUCUCGUGUGCAGGGACUUGACCAUCCCUGGUUCGUUCCUUUCUUCGGUGUUAGUUGGAGCAGGAGGUGGAGGUGGUGGGAGUGCGUAAAGUGCGCGCCUUGUUUGGAGUCAUAUUACGCACAGGCAUGGAGAGCAGCGCCGGGGAGGGACUUUACACAUGUGGGAAACGAAUAACUGUUGCGCUUAGCGGUCUCUCUGUGUGCUCGGGGGUCUUUCUGGGACAAACACAAAUCUGCGCUUCCAGGAAGACACCUGCACCCUCUCACUUAUACUAUUUCCCAGAGUUAACUGGCCGAGACUCGAGUAUUAAAGCUGUAGCCUGCGGUUAUCUUUCGCCGGAGUUGUAAUAAUGUUAGGCAGCGGUAAAUCAGCGGCCAGCAGUCCCAGAGAGCAGAGGAGGAAAGGGGCCGAGAAGCCCAUGGACCCCAUCAGGAGGCUCGGGCUGCUGGACAAUGAGGACGUACGUGUGAUGAUGCAGGGCUGCGACAUGGUGAAAGUUCGCUCCUCGAGGUGGCAGAAGAGCCGAAACCUGCGGCUGCUGGAUGACGGACUCACAGUGUGGUGUGAAUCCACCAAGAGCUCUCGCAAAGCCAAAGCCCAGCAGACAUUUGCAGUGACAGAAGUGGAGUGUGUGCGUGAAGGCUGCCAGUCUGAGGCGCUGAGGCGGCUGUCCGGGUCGGUGCCGGAGAGCCAGUGCUUCACAGUGGUCUUCAGAGGAGCCAGGAAGAGCCUGGACCUGCUGUGCCCCGGCGAGGAUGAAGCUCAGCGCUGGGUGCGAGGGCUCCGCACUUUAAAGGAGCACUCGGCCAACAUGAGUCAGAAGCAAAAACUAGACCAUUGGAUCCGACGCUACCUGAGGCGAGCGGAUCAGAACCAGGACGGCAAGAUGAGCUACGACGAGGUCAAACGGCUGCUUCAGAUGAUCAACAUCGACCUCAGUGAGCAGUAUGCCCGCGCUUUAUUCAAGAGGUGUGACCGAUCCGGCGACAAUCGUCUGGAUCAUAUAGAGAUUGAGGAGUUCUGCAGGGAGCUGCUGCGGCGGCCCGAGCUGGACGCCGUGUUCAGACACUAUUCAAGUAAUGGUUGCGUGCUCGCCACCGCUGAGCUGCGCGACUUCCUGGGAGACCAAGGAGAAGACGCCUCACUGAAUCACGCUCAGAGCCUCAUACUCACCUAUGAGCUCAAUGACUGGGCUCAGAAGAAUCUCUUCAUGACCCAGAACGGUUUCACCAUGUACAUGCUGUCCCGGGAAAAUGAUGUGGUUAACCCUGACCACGCCAGAGUCUACCAGGACAUGAGCCGCCCUUUGGCCCACUACUUCAUCUCCUCGUCGCACAACACUUACCUGACCAAGGACCAGGUCACCGGCGCCAGCAGCACUGAGCCAUACAUCAGGGCUCUGAAUCAGGGCUGUCGCUGUGUGGAGCUGGACUGCUGGGAUGGAGAUAAAGGUGAGCCUGUCAUCUACCACGGCCACACUCUCACCUCUAAAGUGCCUUUCAAGGAGGUCAUAGAAACCAUCGCCCAGUACGCCUUCAAGGCGUCCCCGUAUCCUCUAAUCCUGUCCUUGGAGAACCACUGCUCUGUGGAGCAGCAAGUCGUCAUGGCCAAACACCUCCGCACCAUCCUGGGCAGCAAACUGCUCACCAAGCCCCUCAGUUCCCAGCCGCCGAAGGAUCUGCCUUCUCCUGAUGAGCUGAAGGGGCGUAUUCUGGUAAAAGGGAAGAAGCAGAUUCCUCACUUGGGCCAGCUGGGAAAGAAUGGCAGCUGUGCCAGCUUCUCCUCAAGCUCCGAAGACGAACAAGCAGGCAGCAAGAAGGAUCCUGCAAAGGUCUGUUCUAAACUGAGCCCAGAGCUAUCAGAGCUGGUGGUGUACUGCAGAAGUGUCCCAUUCCGUUGCUUUGAAAAUGCAUCUGAAAAACCUCCAAAUGAAAUGUCCUCCUUCUCUGAAAGCGAUGCCCUCCGGCUCAUCAAAGACUCGGGAAAGCUUUUUGUGAGACACAACAGCAGGCAGCUGAGCCGGAUCUACCCCUCCGGCCAGCGCCUCCAAUCAUCCAACUAUGAUCCUCAGGAAAUGUGGAACGGCGGCUGCCAGAUGGUGGCUCUGAACUACCAGACCCCCGGUGAGCAGAUGGACCUGAACCAAGGUCGCUUCCUCCCCAAUGGUCGCUGUGGAUACGUUCUUAAACCGGGCUUCCUGUGCAGCCCUACCUCCGACUUUAACCCAGAGAACACGGGAGGAGGCCCCGGUCACACCCCCACCCAGCUGACCAUACGAAUAAUAUCUGCGCAGCAGCUGCCAAAAAUCAACACAGAGAAGGCUAGCAGCAUCGUGGACCCGCAAGUGUGGGUGGAAAUUCACGGGGUGUCUAUCGAUAAUGCAAGAAACAAAACCCACCGCAUCGACAACAAUGGCUUCAACCCACGAUGGGACUGCACUCUGAGCUUCCAGCUGCAGGUCCCUGAACUGGCCCUGGUGCGGUUUGUAGUGGAGGACCAUGAUCACACGGCCAAAAAUGACUUUGUGGGGCAGUUCACUUUGCCUUUCAUAAGCCUACGAACAGGUUAUCGACAUGUUCACUUAUUGAAGGCAGAUGGUUCCAGUCUGUCCCCCGGCACUCUCUUCAUCCAUGUCAAAGUGGCCCGCAGAGGAGUUCCCAUCAAAAAUGUGUCCGAGCGUAUUGUCAUUGCCAAAGGCAAGGCAUGACGUGCAUCUGAACUAGAUGGAGAGCUGCAUUUUCUGACAACAAAGGGCUUUGAUGGAGCUCUGAAUGUGAGCAGAGAGAGAGUGCUGCCAGCCGGUCUCCCAGUCCAGACCUCAAGUGGUCCAAUUUACACUGCAGGAGGAAAGAUGUCGUUUAUCAGAGAUGAAGAAGAGCGCUGGCUCUUAGCAAAUGAAUUGCCUCAGGCUGGAUAAUGAAUCCAUGAUACACUGUGGGAGUAUCUGGUCUUGUCAGUGCUGAGUGCUCUGGAAACAGGACACAAAGGUUCAUGAAAUACACCGAUAUCAGACUCGUUACAACAUUAAUUUUAGUGAUGUUAACUCUCAUGUGUAGGGGGUUAUCCCAUUAAUUGUUGGACUGAGUGAAGAUGUGUUAUUUAACCCUUUUGUAUUUUAGAAAUAUUUUAACAUUUUUACACUUAAGUAUUUGACUUAAACUUAAAGAAUUACGCUAGUUUAACAAGAAACAACACUUACUUAACUGAGGCUGUCCAGGUGGGAAUCCAAGCAUAUGAUUUAAAACAUUAUAAAUAGUAUUGUUUUAUGAAUUAACUGUGAUUUAAUACAGAUGUAAUAAUGUUUUAGUGAUUGUCACAGGUUGUUUUGUCCACAAAGGUUGAACAAACGAUGAAGGCGUUUAUUCAGUUAGUCUAACUUGAUACUCCAGAUACUUGGCACUUUUAAUUGUAUGACAAUAUAUUUACAAAUGAACUUGAAAUAUAAACAGUAUUAACUUUAACUUAACUUUCUUAAAAAAUGUCAGUUGUUCUGUUAAAAUAAGUGUUUAUGUGUUGGCGAUAUUUGCUUGUAGGCUCCUCUGCCUCGUUUCUAUUAACAAUGCCUGCCUGCAUAAUUAUUUUUGUUGCCAUUUCAGAUCUUGAAAAUUGUGGUUAAACACUAAUUGCAACACAACCACCAAUUACUUAAGGCCACAGUGAAUCGUUUAAUACUCUUAUAAGGAGCUUCACUGAUAAUAAAAUGGUGCAGUAAUGAAAGGUGCUGCACGUAGAUUACUGUAAUUACAGCAUAUAUGAUCAUGGUGGAUUUCAAUAGCAUGUAACAAAUGGUGCCUUUGCAGUGUUAAAGUUUAUGUUGUGUGAAUGUCAGUUGGUAUUAUGUAUGCAAGAGAAAAUACUGUUUUCAUAAAAGCACUAAUAACA